AUGGAGGAGUGGCAGCUUCCACCCGACUCUCAAGGCCAUAUGCUCUAUAGAGUAAAUGUGGCCUUGAUUGUCAUUUCCACAGUAAUAUUGAUGUCUCGGCUUAGCAUCAGAGCGUUUAUGCUACGGGCCAUGGGAAUUGAUGAUUUGAUUGCGACCAUCGGUUAUGGCCUGCUCGUUGCUCUCUCGUGUAUGGAAAUUCGUGCCAUCAGCUUUGGAUCAGGAACCCACAUGGACCAAGUCCCUCCACAGAGGAUCCCAUUGUUCUUCGCAACUCUUCCAACCUUGCAACUUAUUUUCUUCUUGGCGAUUGGGACAGUGAGACUAUCAAUUUUAUCCUUCUAUCCACGUUUGAAUAGCGACAAGAUCUUUAUCCGCUGUAUCUGGGGAGUGGCGUUUGUGACCGUUGCUAUCACUCUCACCGCCUUCUUUUUCAUCCUCACCGAAUGCAAGCCCAUUCCAGAUCUAUGGGACAUCACUGCGCCGAACCGACAAUGUCUCGAUAAGUUGAAAGAAGCACCGAUGAUGUGGACACAUAGUGCAGUCGGUAUUGUCAUUGACCUGUUUCUGGUCGGCCUCCCAAUUUCAGUCAUUUACGCGAAGAUGAAGUUCUCUAUGAAGAUGGUUCAGGUGAUACUAAUCUUCUGUAUCGGAAUCUUUGCCAUCAUUACCGGAAUUGUACGACUGGGUAUAAUUGUUAGCACUGAUUUUACAACGGAUACAACGUUCAAAAUGGCCGCAGUUGCGCCUUGGACCGAUUUUGAGGGCCAUGUUGGCCUUUGGAUCGCUUGUUUCCCAGCUCUGCAACCCUUUAUACGCCUCAUUACAUACAAGCUUGGACUGCGCAGCAGAGACAGGAAAAGAACGGGACCUACUUGCCAAAAGAAGGGAGCACUGAGCGGUACUCAAACUGGUGGCCAGUGGGCGACGAGUCGCGCCAGUCAUGCUCAAGAUUAUCUUUCCUUCAAUCACGACCACGAUGGCAUCAAUAGCACCCGCAAUAUCACUCAGAUAACCUCUAAAACGGGUUCUCAUGACGAUGGUAUCGAACUGAACCCAAUUUUACAGACUAAUGCUAUCAAAAAGGAGACCGAAGUCUCCGUAUCAGUACCCGAGGUACCAAAAAUUCAGAAAAGUCAAAGGGGCCACAGCGCACCCAACAACUGGGAUACUGUAUAG